AUUAAUCGUGUUGCAUGUUAUUCUUUUGUUUUUACUUAUGCAUUUGAUUUGGUCACUAGCUGGACCUAUUCUCUAGAUGACCUAUUCUCUAGCUGAGCUAUUCUUUAGGAAGCAACAAUAGCCAAGAGUUUAGCAAGGAACCGUUUCCAAUUUGAUUUGUAUAAAAAGGCACCCUAAGCCCUCAAAUAAGUAAUAAGUUCAAUUCCAGUUUUCCUCAAAUAAAAAAACCAGACAGUGUUCUCGUGUAAUUAAUUCUCCUCUUUUUCUACUUAGUUCUCCAAGCAGAUCUGGUUCCUGUCUACAUUUGGUAUCAGAGCCUGUUGUAUGCCAAAGAUUAUGCCGAAGAGCAGUGCCUCAAGCAGUGAUGAUGCGGCUACCUCGACAAGGCUGAUGAGGGAGAACACCGGUGUCUCUCUCCACUAUCCGAUGUUGUCCAAGACAAAUUACGCGGUGUGGACGAUAAAGAUGCGCGUGUACCUGCAAGCACAAGGUGUGUGGGACGCCAUCCAGCCCGGAAUCGACGUGGAGACAAGGAAGGACAAGAUGGCGCUCGCCGCCAUCUAUGAAGCUAUUCCCGAGGAGAACCUUUUUCUCAUAGCGGAGAAGGAGACUGCGAAGGAGGCUUGGGAGACGCUCAAGACGAAGUAUGUCGGUGCUGAUCGAGUGAAGCAGGCGAAGCUUCAAACUCUAAAGAGUGAGUUUGAGACCCUCCGCAUGAAAGAAGCGGAGACAAUUGAUGACUUCGCUGAUAGGUUGACAGCCAUUGUCAGCAAGUCCGUCGGGCUCGGCGGCAAGAUCGAAGAAAGCACCAUCGUCAAGAAGUUUCUGCGUGCCGUCCCCAACAAGUACCUCCCCGUUGUAACGUCAAUCGAGCAAUUUUGUGACUUGACAACGAUGGCAUUGGAGGAGGCGAUUGGUCGCCUCAAGACCUUCGAGGAGAGGAUUCGAGGUACUGGUGGCGAGGAAGAUGAACAUCUUCUACUCACGAAGAUGGAGUGGAAGGCUCGUUUGAAAGAAUCCGAUGAGGGGUCAUCAUCAAACAUGUCCAAAUGUAGACAAGAACCAGAUUUGCUUGGAGAACUAAGUAGAAAAGAGGAGAAUUAAUUACACGAGAACACUG